AAAUACGUAGUGUAGAAAAAAGAACUGCGUAACUGCGGGCGGUGAAGUUUUGAGAAAUUAGGUUACCAGGUGCAAGCAUAAAUGGAACAAGAAACGACCUUCAAAAGACAAAGAUUGGAAGAAGACGCUAACGCUGACGUCGACGCCAUCAUUGAUAGCGGCGAUGAAUCGGAGUCGGCAAAUGAUGAUAUUCUCGCCUUUGGCUGGUGGGCAAUUCCAGAGCCCGUGCUCUUGAGAAUUUUCAGCCAGUUGGACGUGUACGAUGUGCUGCAGGCUAGUUUAUGUUGCAGGCGUUGGCAUACAGUGGCAAACGAUGAUUUGCUGUGGCGAAAAAAGUUUCAGGAGCAGUUCAGGGCAUCGCCCAGCAUACCAUUGAAACCUGGUGCAGAAAGCUGGCGUUCGGAAUAUCAACGCCUCACUACUCAUAUACCUUUCGUUCAGGCACAACGACUGGAGGGUCACGUUCAUCAGGUCUUACAUGUCAGCUUUGCAAACAAUGGUGAAAUGUUUUCCACCUGCUCCAAGGAUGGCUAUGUGAUUGUCUGGCACGCACAACAUCCCUGCACGGAAAAAUAUGCGCACAAUAUGAAACAAUUUAGCUGGAAAUAUACACAAUACUCGCAAUUUAAUCAGAGCGACACCCUGCUUUUGGUAUCCGGUGUACAUUUUGGAUCGCCACAGAGCACAUCUGGCGAAAUAGCUGUCUUCACUGUGGACAAUGCACAUGAAUCUCAUUUACGCUGCCGCGUCGUCAAUCGUCCCUACGAUAUCUUUGGCACCUGGUUCAGCGAUCAAUAUCUUAUAUCUGGUGAUCUGCAUUGGCUGGCACAUCUGGUGAGCACCUCAGUGUUGUGGCUAAAUAAGGCGAAUCAGGAGAUCGACUCGGAACAUGUACCCAUUAUGAGCCAGCUUUAUAAGUUUUAUAAUCGCAAUGCUAGCUCUGUUCGUGCUAUAAUGGUGGCCAAAUGCCCGUGGCUCGACGAAACCAAUGAUCCAUUAGCCGAGUCCACGCCGGGCUCUUGUGAUGUCGGGAGCACAAGUAAUGAGGCAGCCACAGCUUCCGGCAAUCCACUUUCGCAUGCCGCCAGCUUAAGAAGCACCCGCAGCGCCACGCCUGAGGAUAAUUAUCUUCAGGACAUCAGCGAGCAAAGCCACAUGCGACGCUCACGCGCACGUUAUGCCGGCAAUACGACGGAGGCCACGAUACAAUAUCUGGAGGAGUAUAGAAGUGCGACAGCUACAGAUGCUGAUGAUACCGGCAACGAUGCGGAUGAUGAAUACGAGUGCAUGGAUGUGCAUGAAGAGUACGAUGAAAUGGAGAAUAACAUACCCAAGUAUCUAAUAUUUUCGACUGGUUCGAAAACCUUCACGCCGCAUCAGAUCGGCUUCAAGCGCAUACGAAAUGUAUAUUUCCCUAAAAAAUUGGAUCCAGGGCCAACUCUUAGGGAGCGCAUUGCAGCAAAGAGAGCGGCCGAACAACAGCAACAACAACAGCCUCGCAAUGACCCCGAUUGGGGGGAUUAUGAAGCCGUUAAGGAUCGUUUUGAUAAGGUAGACAAGGUGAUUGAUUUACAUGGACAUAUUAUUGGCAUGGCCCUCACGCCCGAUCAUCGGUACUUGUACGUUAACACGCGGCCUUGGCCCAAAAGCUAUGUCAUCACAAAUCGGCUGGAACCGCCACCCAUAGCGCAGGAAAUUGAUAUUCAUGUCAUAGAUCUGAUGACCCUAAAGCGUGUAGGCAAUAUGCUACGCGCGCACAAGGCCUACACUCCCAGCACUGAAUGCUUCUUUAUAUUUCUCGAUGUAUGCGAUGAGUAUGUUGCCAGUGGAGCUGAGGAUCAGCAUGCGUAUCUGUGGGAUCGCUAUUAUGGUAUCAGCUUGGCCAAGUUUAAGCAUACGGAUGUUGUCAAUAGUGUUGCCUUUAAUCCGCGUGAUUCUGAAAUGUUGGUAACCACCAGUGAUGAUUACACGAUUAAGGUGUGGCGCUCGCGGGCCAAGGCGAAGGCUUUCAACAUUAGCCCAAAUGUUAGCGAGUCCUUUGAGCUGAAGCCCAAGAAUUGAAGGUGGCAGGCACAACCAACCGUAUUCUCUCCAAACCAUCACACUUACGUGCCUGCGACCUGUGACAUCAACUUUAUCGCGACAUCUAUUUAAACAUUUGAAGCAUGCAACUCUUUGUUUUGUUUGUUCAUAAAAUAAAUAUAUUUAUUUAUAAUUAA